UGCUGGUCAGGAGAGACGUCACCCUAGUUCCCGCAGUGCAAAGCGCAGACCUUUGCUAAGAGUGCAUUUUAUCGUGUGACUGUGAGCAGUGGCGAAAAAAAGCCAGCUGGAUCCGCCAAAGUUUGCUUCGCUACGCUGUGAGUCGUGAGUGACGUCUGCCCGACUGAGUGAUGUCUAGUCAGGAGCUCCCGCCGCCCACUGGCCUGGAUGGCAAGUCCGUCUUCAACGUGUUCGGUUACCAUGGCGACCGUUACGACGACGGAAGGGCGUUCUCGAACCCCCUGGAAGCCCCUCCUCUCGAUGCUGUAGCGGUCAGCAAUGUCUCCCAGCACCAGCGGACCAAGAACCGCCGGCGGUCAAAUGAGACGGUCAGCCUAGUCAUGGCUCCUCUGAGCCCAGAGUCAGCUCCCCCUCCUCCGCCUCCCCUCUCCAUCCCCCGAGCGCUGUGGUCCUUCUUCUCCGGUAAGACUAGUGAGUGGUGUAGAACUGCUGCUGUUGCUGUUGUUGCUGAUGCUGCUGUGUAGCCUAGUCUGAUGUGUAGUUGCUUGCCUGAGUGCCUCCCAUUUACCCCGUGCAACCCUAUCUCCACCCACCCCUCCCACACACAAAACAAACAAAAACAAACCAACCAACCAGCCCUUUUUAUUUUCUUACCGUAAUAUAAUCGAUUUAACUGUUUCGAUAAUCCUCUACUAUUUAUCAUUCUAACUGCACUAAAUAAAAAGAAAAUACCCUAAUGUCAUCGUUAUUAAUUCAGAGAGCACCCUAAUGUUAGUACAAAUAAAAACCGGUUUCUUGCCUCAGGUGAAAGAUGAAGGAAUUAAUAAUACACGUAAUAAUAAUUAAACUAACAACAAUAAUGAUACCAACAGCAAGAUGUGAUAGUAAUAGAAAUAAUAACAAAAAUAAUAAUAUUGAUAAUAAUGAUGAUGAUAGUAACAUAAAUUUUAUGAUACAUGUAUUUGUUAUUGUUUUUAUUAUUAUUAUUUGUUUAAAUUAUUAUUUCAAAAUGUUAUUGUAAUAAAAUUGUAACAUAAUAAGUACUAUGAGCCAAUCGGGGUUGCCACUUUCCAUCUAUCGAGCUUUAAAAAAAAUAAAAAUUCAAAGUCUUUAUUUUUUGUUCAUACAAGGAAUUUUUAAUGACAGAUCACCAAUACGUUCGACGUUAAACUGAAAACAAUGACAUCAUUUCGCAGAAGUGAGAAUCAGAGAGAGGUUCUGUCUGUGUCACGUAUGUCAGUGAAUUCUUCUACC